AUGAUGGACUCAGUGCCGACAGAAAUCAAGGAAGCCUUGGUCAAAGCGUUCUCACGGUUCCCUGAAUACAGUUUUAUCUGGAAACAUGACAAACCAGAAGAUAUGGCUAAUUUGAAUGUACCUAACGUAUUUUUCAAAAAAUGGCUGCCACAGAAAGAGCUUUUGGGUAAGAAAUAACUUACGUUACCCUAGCUUUAGCUUUACCUUUAAUCUUAGCUUUCGCUCUAGCCCUAGCUCCAGCUCUACCUCUGGCUCUGGCUCUGGCUCGAGCUCUGGUUCUGGCUCUAGUCCUAGCCCUAGCUCAAGCCGUGGCCUUAGCAAUAGCCAUAGCCGUAGUUAUAGCCAUAGCUUCUCUAAACCACUACAAUCUUUUUAGCGGCUUUAUUCUAUCUCUACUAUACUUAUUACAUUAUAUUUAUAAAAUCUUUCAGUCGACCGCAGAAUCCGUUGUUUCAUAACUCAUAUGGGUCUCAAUUCCUACCUCGAAUUAGCCUAUUCUGGAGUUCCAACCAUUAUGCUACCUCUCUUCGCCGACCAACAAUUCAAUUCCGCCGUCGCGGAGAAAAAACGUCUUGGAGUAACAAUCCAGAAGUAUAACAUAACAUACGACAGUUUAUACGAAGCCUUAAACAAAGUGCUAAACGAUCAAAGUUACGCUGAAAAUGCCAAAACUUAUUCGAAAAUGCUCAAAGAUCAACCGGAAAAACCGACCAACACGUUUUUGAAGUACGUGGAGUACGCUGCUGAGUAUCCCGCAGUCAAAGAUGUUCUGGAUUUACCUUCAACUUCACUCAACUUUUGGGUAUUCUACUCUUACGAUGUUAUUGGAUUCUUUGUUGCAUUGGCAAUAAUUGGUGUCAUAGUGACUGUGAAAUUAGUGAAAUUGGGAUACAAACUAGUUAUCGUGACUAAUAAUAGUAAAACGACUAAAGUCGAGUGA